CCUACCUCACGAGCUGGACCAUUUUCUGAGAGCAUGCACUUCUUUGCGCAUCCUCGAGAUGCACUACAGAGAGUAUGGACCGAAGCCGCUAGGGCAGGAAGUCAACAUUCCGGCUGUGCUGAAGUCUUCCUCAGCCCUCACUUAUCUCGAAUACUUCCGUCUGGACCACGAUCUGACAGGGGACAUUGUUGAAGAGUGCUUGAAGGGAGGUGAUGCUUCAUUCCGCAGACUUCGACAUCUGGCAAUCAAGGGGGAGACAGCGACGUUGUCUUAUUUCCUCUCGCUCCCUAUGCAAUCACUUACACGGCUCGAUCUGGUUGUGGGCGACCCAUUCCACCAUAUUUGCCCGUGUAUCGCCCAGAUACAUUGCCUUACAGAUAUCCACCUGAAAAUCGGUGUUGAUCGUCACAGUCCCAGGUACAACGAGAAAUUUAGGCCUGGGCCCAAUGACUGGGAAGGCACUCGAGAAGACCUGAAUGCCUUGUCAGCCCUGAAGAAUCUACAAACCCUCAGCAUAGGUCCAUCUAAUAUUAACCUUGCGAUACCAUGGCUUACAGACGAUUAUUUCAUCCAAUGGGUGACUAAUUUUCCAGACCUCUUGAAUAUCUGUUUGGAGUGGGAGUGUUCGCUCACAUUCGCCUCAGUCGUCGCACUGUCGAAGUCGCAUCCUCGUCUUCGCCAAUGCAAGCUCCUGUGGACGCAAGAGCUAGGAGAUUGGAACGACUUGACCUCGCCUCAGUUUGUCGACCUACAACACCUAGGCCUGAGUCUCGUCAUGAAUUUCGACCGUUCAAACAUUCGCGAGUUUGUGACGAAAUUCAUCAAACAUCCCAGCUCCAUGAGCACCUGUAUCCUAUUUCGAGAGCGUGGAUUUGACCCGGAUGGCAAUUUGAUUGUCGAAGAGGCCGAUGAGACGUAUGUCGUGAGGUUGGACGCAAAAGCUGCUGCCACCUGAUGACAGUGAGAUGGCUUUACUCUUCCCCGUGUGCUAAAUUUUGUAUUUGACACUGUUGUAAGAAUGCACGAUGGUUUUCGGGAGUAGAGCUCGGUCUGAAGAGAGGGCUUCGAAUUUGUCGCUCUUUGUGGACAACCUACCCUAAUAUCAUCGUGCAUUUUGAUGUGUAGAUCAAGAAAAAUCCACAACUAAUAGCGUCCUGCAAAUCAUGUAUAGUCACUACAUAGUCAAACAAGCUAUGCACAGAUUCAGCAUCUUCGUCGUUGAUGCAAUGUCGGUGAAGAAUUGUAUCGAUCAGCCGUUCUGAUGCGACUAUUAAGCCAGACCCAAAGAGAUUGAUUCCGACAAGAGCGUGACCUGGAGAUAUAACAAACAUCUGCACGAGCAGUGACUGGUCUAGUAGAAGUUGAC